AUGAGCGGUGAUGUGGCAGAUUCCACGGAAGCGCGGAACGAAGGCAGCCACCUAGAUCCCGGAAAUGAACGGAAUGGCCUGGACUUCAGCAGGCAGAUUAAAACAGAAGACCUCAGUGACUCUUUACAGGCAGCCAACCCUUCUCGACUGAGCCAUUUAGUGCAAGGGCCAUCUAUGAUGCCAGGAGGGCAAAUUGCAGGGGACAUGAAUUCCCUUCACACUUUGCAACAGCUUGUACAGGUUCCGGGUCAUAUGCAAUCCGUCCCUCUCUUCCUGCUUUCUCAGGGCCCAGCUGGGCAGCAAGCCCUGCAGUCAAAUCUCCUGUCCUUCCCUCAGCAACAGAAUGGGCUCCUCCUUCCCCAGCAUGGACACGGGUUAGCAUCUCAGGCAGUGGGACGUCCUGGGCACCCCAGUGCACCACUAGAUCCCCACUUGGAGGUACCGCAGCAUUUACAGGUUGCCAAACACUUGCCGUCCUCCAUGGCCACAGAUGAAGCCAAUGACCUUGAGGAGUUAGAAAAAUUUGCCAAGACAUUCAAGCAGAGGAGGAUCAAACUUGGGUUUACACAGGGUGAUGUGGGUCUCGCUAUGGGAAAACUCUACGGAAAUGACUUCAGCCAGACCACAAUCUCUCGCUUUGAAGCCCUCAAUCUCAGCUUCAAAAACAUGUGCAAGCUGAAACCACUGCUGGAAAAAUGGCUAGGUGAUGCAGAAUCUUCUCCUUUGGACUCGUCUGUAAGCAGCCCCCAAUCCUACCCGGUGGUGAAUGAGAUGUUCGGGCGUAAGAGGAAGAAACGCACCAGCAUCGAGACCAACAUUCGCUCCACGUUGGAGAAACGGUUCCAAGAAAACCCCAAGCCCAGCUCAGAGGAGAUCUCCAUGAUUGCAGAACAGCUGUCCAUGGAGAAGGAAGUGGUCCGGGUUUGGUUCUGCAACCGACGCCAGAAAGAGAAGCGCAUCAGCUGCCCAGUACCCUCGCCCAUCAAAACACCCCUCUACAACUCCAGACUGGUCUCUACCUCAGGAUCUUUGGGUCCGCUUUCUGUCACACCUGUCCACAGCACGAUGCAUGGGGCAGUAACAUCCUCCUGCUCCCCUGGCAGCUCCAGCAGACCCUCAUCCCCCAGCACAGGACUCCAUGCCAGCAGCCCAGGAAUGUCCCAAAACAACUCCAAAGCAGCCUUCAAUACAUCAAGUUUCAACUCUUCUGGAUCGUGGUAUCGCUGGAACCAGCCCACCUACCUCCACCACUGAAACGCUUCCCCCCAA